ACAAGAAUUCGAAGAAUUUCAACCAGUUAUAUUCAGAUAGCCCGGCGUCGGGAAACAUCACAAUCUACCACCCCAACAUCUGCUUGGAGAUUACCCAGCAUGCAUCGGAGUGUUGUGGCGGUUUCACUCAGAUCAGAUCAGUUUCGUUGCGUUUCGUCUCCAAAUUUGCCUCGGUUCUUCGACUCUAAAACAGCCAGUAUGUCAAAUAUUCUGUAUUCUAGAUCGACACGGAACUAGUACGUAGCCUUGAUGAAGCUAAAUGCAUCCCUAGAUCCAGAGGGGUUUUGCUGCAAUUCUUUUUUUGAGUAGCGCAAAAGGACGCCAAAAAGAUGUCUGCCUCCACGUCGAGUUCAGAACUGUCAGACAGAACGCACGGGUUUGACAAAAACGCCACUACUGAGGACGUCCUCGCCUGGAUCUUGGAGUAUGCCUGUAAAUACGGGCAGAAUGAGGUGGUCAAAGCCCUGUCUGCAGGUGAUCCCAAGCAGCUGCUUCAGUAUGGCAUCCUGGAGGGCCGGCUGGCGGGGUACCUGUUAUGGAGCUGUGUGACAGAGAACGUGGUGGAAGGGUACGACCUGUGUGUCCAACUCCUCAGGCACACCUACACACACGCACCGCUAGUCAACUUCAGCCACUACGCACGGAUACUGUACGGCCUCAAAGUCAAGGUGAUGCUGCACAUCCUGGCAGACAGGUUUGAGUUGUGCCUCGCUAGCUCCAAACUUAAGGAGCUGUUUCCUAAAGAGGGAGAAAAACUACCCCCACUGCUAAAACAUGAUGCAACAUUAGAGAGACAACUGAACCAGCUGAACCGGCGGUCCGGCCAGUUCCGUCAGCUGGCCCUGGACCUGAUCCUGGACCGGGAGAAGCGAGAGGGGUACCUCCGGCACGAGGUGGAGGAGGAGUUCGGAGCGGAGUUCUCCCUCGCACUGCACGACCUCGUGGCCAAGUUUGUUCAGACGGUGGAGGACUAUCUACCCGCACCUGUCAUUCAGGAGAUCUGCUCGAGUGAACUGUACCUCACCCCUCCUGACGGCUGCUCUCAUGCUGUGUCCAGCCUUCUCACAGUCCUAGAAGCUACAAAUGGCAACCCUAGUGCUGCCAACCUCACCCAACUGGUGCACGAACUUCACAAUGUAAGCACAACGAAGACCGACAAAAGAAACUGCUCACCUGGUAGAAACGAAGUAAAACUGCACUCAAGUUUCAAAAGCCCGAAAACAAAGGACAGGAAAGCUGAAAUUCGCGGAAAUUGUUCAAUGAAACUGCAAUUUAAGGGAAGAGGCAGUGCCACACAGGGAUCAACUUCUACGGAAAGUUCUGACUCUGUAUGUUCUGGGGUAACCCCUAUUCCUCAGUCAGAUUCAAGCAAUGAGGAACUAUCACAAGUGUCGAGUGAGUUACAUUCAGACUGCUCCACUGGAGGCAAAAAGGAAACAAAGACCAGGAAACAAAACUGUUCACCUGGUAGAAAGGAGGUCAAACUGUCAAAACCACACUCAAGUUUCAAAAGCCCUGAAAGAAAGGAUAAGACAGUUAAAUCGCACAGAAAUUCUUCAGUGAGACCAAAAUCUAAAGAGAAAGGCAGUAGCACAGGGUCAACUUCUACAGAAAGUUCAGACUCGCAGAGAACAGUAUGUUCUGGGGUAUCUAUUUUGUCAGAUUCAAGCAAUGAGGAACUAGUGCAAGUGUCAAAUGAAUUUCGUUCUGACUGCUCCACUGGAGUGCAACAAACGUAG